CACCAAUACAACACAAGUGUUUACAGAUCUGGUUCCUGGUAGAAGUUACCAGGCAUCUGUAACAGCGCACAGUGGCAAUGACUCCCAACCAUCAGGCAUCGUCCAAGCCAGGACAUUGCCACCAACAGUCAAUGUCAGCAUCAUCAUCAACACUCUACAGUCAUGACGGUAUCAUGGGCACCUAUUAUUGCUGGAGACGUUGACUACUACAUGGUCUACUUGAAUGAAACCAAUAACUCAACAGCAGUGAAGAGCUCCGAUUUGUCCUCCAACAUUACAACACAAGUGUUUACAGAUCUGGUUCCUGGUAGAAGUUACCAGGCAUCUGUAACAGCGCACAGUGGCAGUUACUCCCAACCAUCAGCCAUCUUCACUGCCAGGACAUUGAUUCUAUCAGUCAACGUCACCAUCAGCCCCAUCAACUCUACAGCCAUGAAUGUCUCAUGGAAAACGAAUCUUCUCGCUGUAGACGUUGACAACUACACGGUCUACUUGACUGAAUCUAAGAACGCAACAGCAGUGCAGAGCUCCAAUUUCCCCUCCACCAUUACAACAAAAGAGUUUACAGGUCUGGUUCCUGGUAGACUUUACCAGGCGUCUGUAACAAUGCACAGUGGCAUUGACAUCCAAUCAUCAGCCAACGUCAGUGACAGAACCUUGCCUCCAUCAGUCAAUGUCACCAUCAGCCCCAUCAACUCUACAGCCAUAAAUGUCUCAUGGGCACCUACAAUUCCUGCAGACGUUGACAGCUACACGGUCUACUUGAAUGAAACCAAUAACCCAACAGCAGUGAAUAGCUCCAAUUUGUCCUCCAACAUUGCAACACAAGUGUUUACAGAUCUGGUUCCUGGUAGAAGUUACCAGGCAUCUGUAACAGCGCACAGUGGCAGUUACUCCCAACCAUCAGCCAACUUCACUGCCAGGACCUUGCCUCCAACAGUCAAUGUCACCAUCAGCGCCACCACCACUGUAGCCAUGACGGUCUCAUGGGCACCUAAUAUCACUGUAGACGUUGACUACUACAUUGUCUACUUGAUUGAAACCGAUAACUCAACAGCAGUGAAGAGCUACAAUUUGACCUCCAACAUUACAACACAAGUGUUUACAGGUCUGGAUCCUGGUAGAAGUUACGAGGCAUCUGUAACAGCGCACAGUGGCACUGGCUCCCAACCAUCAGCCAACGUCACAGCAAGAACCUGUGUCUACCUGUCCCCAGGUGUCUACCUGUCUCCGUGUCUCCCAGGUGACUCUACAGGUGUCUCCGUGUCUCCCAGGUGA